GCACCAAACCAUCUAUGAAAGACAAAAUGACGAAGGACAGAGAGCUGAGACCAGAGGAGAUUGAUGAGCUCCGUGAAGCGUUUGUGGAGUUUGAUAAGAAUAAAGACGGCUACAUCAGCCAUAAAGACCUGGGAGAGUGUAUGAGGACCAUGGGAUACAUGCCCACAGAGAUGGAGCUCAUCGAGCUGAGCCAGCAGAUCUGUGGAGGUAAAGUGGACUUUGAGGACUUUGUGGAGCUGAUGGGACCCAAGAUGCUGGCGGAGACAGCAGACAUGAUCGGAGUCAAAGAACUACGAGAUGCAUUCAAAGAGUUUGACUCUAACGGUGACGGGCAGAUCAGCCUAACGGAGCUGCGUGAGGCCAUGAAGAAGCUGAUGGGAGAACAAGUGACCAACAGAGAGAUCAACGAGAUCCUCCGAGAUGUCGACCUCAACGGAGACGGUCUGGUGGACUUUGAGGAGUUUGUGCGAAUGAUGUCCCGCUGACUGGUUCAGCUGCCCACAUGUCAGAUGGACAGACAGACAUUAUGCAACUGCUGGAUAAGAGAACACACUGCACAUGUGGUGACCAUUCUUCAUCUGCUCUUAGGAGCAGGCAUCUAAAAUUAUAUUUUUAUAUUAAAUAAAGGAAAACGAAAAAAAAAAAAAGGCUUUGAAUAGACAAAUAGCAUCCAGCCUACAAAUAACA